GAGGUGGGGGGAGCACGCAGCGAAAACAAAGAUGGCGGCCGUGCCGGGGUCGGUGCCCUCGGCGGCUGUGGUGCGACUUUCGGGCUGGACCAACUGAGGCGGCGGCUUGGGAGCGGGGCUGUGGGGUCGCGGCGGCAGCGAGAGGGCGGCGGGAGCGCGCGGCGGUGCCCCUAACUUCCAGCCGCGGGAGCGUGCCGGCAUCUGCCCGCCAGGCCGGCCGGCUGUGAUGUCCGGCGCCGAGGAGGCCGGCGGGGGCGUCCCGGCCGCGGGGCCCGCCGGCGCCGUGCCGGCCGGAGUCGGGGUCGGGGCGGCCGCGGGACCAGCGGCGGCGGCGCUGGGCGAGGCGGCGGGGCCCGGGCUCCCGGACGAGGCGGGCCUGGCCGGCGUCCGGCAGCUGCAGGAGGCGGCCGGCGAUCCCGACGCGCCGCCCAAGAAGCGGCUGCGGGCGGCCGAGGCAGCCGAGGCGGCGGCGGCAGCGGCGGGCAGCGGGAAGCUGGAGGAGCGGCUCUACUCGGUGCUGUGCUGCACCGUCUGCCUGGACCUGCCCAAGGCCUCCGUGUACCAGUGUACUAACGGUCACUUGAUGUGCGCUGGCUGUUUUAUCCACCUACUAGCAGAUGCCCGGCUGAAGGAGGAGCAAGCCACGUGCCCCAACUGUCGUUGCGAGAUCAGUAAGAGCCUCUGCUGCCGCAACCUGGCUGUGGAGAAAGCUGUGAGUGAGCUGCCGUCGGAGUGUGGCUUCUGCCUGCGUCAGUUUCCCCGCUCCCUCCUGGAGAGGCACCAGAAAGAGGAGUGCCAGGACAGGGUGACCCAGUGCAAGUACAAGCGUAUCGGCUGCCCGUGGCAUGGCCCCUUCCACGAGCUGACAGUGCAUGAGUCCGCGUGUGCUCACCCGACCAAGACAGGAAACGAGCUGAUGGAGAUCCUGGACGAGAUGGACCAGAGCCACCGCAAGGAGAUGCAGCUCUACAACAGCAUCUUCAGCCUACUCAGCUUUGAGAAGAUCGGCUACACAGGUGGCCACUGCACUGGCCACAGGCCUCCUAGGCCAGCAAGAAGAUGCUCAGAGCCAGGGCUCCAGAAUGAGCUGAGGGUCUCCAGCUCAAAAUGCAGAGCUGGGAGUGGAUGCCCAGGGAUGGGCAAGCUGGACCACACCCAGGCCUGCUGCAUCUUGUGGGCUCUCCUGGCCACUGCCACUGCCUUUGGACAUGUUCGGGAGCAGGCGCCAGGCCAGAGCCUGGUCCAGACACAGAACAGCAAGAAGCACCUGUUGAUGCUGGGGCCUCAGGGAGACUCCAGCCCUCUACUACCCAGCCCACGCCAGGAGGCCAGCUUAGAGUGCCAAGGGCGGUCAUGGGCAGCCAGUCACACCAAGCUGCCUGGACUGGGCCUGGCUAGGUGUGGGCCUGCUCAGGCCCAAGAGGCUGAGGGCCCCAGGGCCUCAGCAGCAGAAGGCCAUGGCCCCUGAUUAGUGUCAGCUUCAGCCAUGCUGGUGGGUGCUGUGGCACAAAUAGCCUAGGCCAGGCCUCAAGGGUCCCGGCAGGCCAAAGCAUUGUGACUGGUGGCUGGGCAGGAAGCCCCGUCCGUGCAGGAAGGACUGGCCUCCUCUUUGGAGGGACUUGCUGGCCAUGGACCCCAGGCUGUGCUGAGAGGACUGUGUGACUGGCAGAGCCACCCACUGACUGGUGGGCCCUGCAGAGACAGCCGUCAGAGCCCAGCACUGGGCCACACGCCGCCGCUCCGCCUGGAGGUCCCGUGCAGGCUCGAGUGCCACGUGCUAGCCCGGCGCUCACCGGCUUUCCAGCAGCUCUGUAUCGGAACCAAUAAAGUACACUUGUUUCUCAGA